AUGGCCGAACUCGUAGGCCUCAUCGCGUCGUCGCUCGCGCUCGCCGAGUUCGGCGCCCGCCUCUCCCUGAAGCUCUACACCCUCGCGCGCACCCUCGCCUCGGCCCCGGCCGACGCGCGCGCCCUCGCGAGCGACAUGUCCCUGACGGCGACCGUCGCGCGCGAGCUCGCCGUGCUGCUCGAGGCCGAUGCCGCGUCCGGCGCCACGGCCUCCGACGCCGCCGUCGCCGCCGCGCGGACCGCCGUCGGCGAGUGCCUCGCCGUGUUCGAGGAGGUCGACGCGCUGCUCGGGCAGAGCCUCGCGCGGAUGCGCGGCGGGCGCGGCGAACGGGCGGUCGAGAGGAUGCGCUGGGCGCUGGGGCGCGAGAGGCUCGAGGGGCUCCGGGACAGGCUGGAGAGGUUGAAGGCUGGGCUGGGGCUCAUGUUGCAGGUUUUGGGGUAUGCGCGGGACGUGAAAGGGCGCGCCAUUGACGAGGAGGAAAAGGCGUACAGGAGGCGCGUCAUCGGGAGCCUGGCCCUCCUGGAAAAGGAGAUGGCGGCCAGAGGAGGCGACAAUGGGCUGCCGCCGUACGAAAAGGACGGAGGCACUUUCGGCGUGCUCGGCACGGCAUCGCCGCCGCGCGAUGAGCAGGAGCAGGGACGGCCAAAAGUGGCAGGCGAGCUCCUCCUCGGCUGCAAGCUUCUCGAGCAGCUCGUGGCGGCCGACCCCCGACCCGAGAUCCCGACGGCGCAGUACCGGGAGCUGGCGGGCCACCUGCGUCGACUGGAGCAGGGCGAGGCGGCGCGACUGGCGGCGUCGUCCGGGGGUGUCGCCUCGUCCUUUGACACGUCCGAGGCCGUGAAGCGCUUGCACGAGCGGCUCAUCGAGGUGGCGGGACCGGCCGCGCCGGAGCCGGUGCCGGAGCCGGACCGAAAAGGCUACCGCGCCGCCGCGAGAACGAGGCCGCAUCUCGGCGCGGCGCUUCCGCCGUUCAGGCCGCCGCUCGACGACCGCACGCGGCCGUUCACGCCCUACUCGCCUGCGGUUCCGUGUGAAUCGGCGUCGCCGGGCUACUCGCCGGUCUCUCCGAGCUAUUCGCCUGUGGGCGGGAGCCCAUACGCAAGCGAUAUUAUAGCUCCUCCGCAGCACAUCACCUAUAGCGAGAUCAUUUUUCAUCACCCAUCGACGAGGAACAGAGAGCAAUCCUACACGAAAGUCGUCGAGGCGUCCUUUGGAGGUUUCGGUGAUGAAGAGGAUGAGGUCGACAAUGGUGUCCCCCAGAUGGAGGAUGAGGAAUUCGACGGCAGUGAAGAUGACUCGAAAAUCGUCAACGAGUUGCUGGCAAAAUGGACAACGAUGGGGGCCGCAUAG